AUGGUACCUGUUGAAACCCCAAUCCUGAGGACGUUUCCACGUGAACUCGAUCCAGUUGGGGGUUUUGGUGGCGAAUUUAUCAGCCCACCAUUUGGGUCUGUGGUCGAAAUUUUGCAUCAACUCUCGAACCUUUGGAUCAUCGAUCUUGAAAGAUUGCCAUUGUUUAAAGAAGGCUUCGGGCUGGUUGAUGGUUGGAGGAGACGGCCUGGCAGGCAGUAUCCCGCGCCUUUGAAUCGCGGAGUGGUGGUGGUGGUGGUGGUGGUGAUGGUGAUCGUGGUGAUCGUGGUCGUGGUCGUGGUCGUGGUCGUGGUGUUUGUUGUGGUGGUGAGGGUGAUGGUGGUGGCCCUCUGGCGCCGGGGAUGCGGCCGCGCCGAUGGCGAAUAGUGUCAAAACUGGGAUGAUUGUAGAGAAUUGCAUUUUUCUUUUUUUUGGCGUGGGUAUAUCAAGAUGGAAAAUAGGCAAGAGGAUAAACUGCGUUGGCUCACGGCCUACAUUUAUGUGAUACUUUUUUUGAACAACGCUAAGCUUCUUCUUAGAAACAAUUAAAAAAAAUAUUCGUGC